GUUGGAGAGAGCUGCUUCCAGGGAAAGAGCCCCUCAGCUCCCACUGGGGGCGGCACUGCCGCCCCUUAGGCAAAGCCUCUAUCUCUUGGAGCUCACUCUACUGCCGCUGCCACUGUGUCUGAUAAUCAUCCCAGCCAAGGCCAGGCUGCGUGAGAGGGACACCAGUGUGAAGGGUGACAAGAGCUUAGGGGAAGCCAGUAUGCCAGGAAAUCAGGAUGGCUACAAAAUCUGUGUGUCAGGAUAGAAAGGCAAAAGCCUGAGCCACACAAGUUCUCCGGUUGAAAACGGACGGAGCACACCUCUCAGACUGGAAUUCUGGGUCAGGGUCCCCUUUUUGAUGACGUGUCUUGCGAAACAGCGGAAGGAAUCCACAUUGGUCCUACAGCCUGUGUCUUCCUCCGGGUUCCACCCACAUAGCUGCAGUCAUCCCUCGGCUCCCAGGGACAGCUCUCAUUCCCCGUUUCUGUACAUCCCUAGCGAACGCCUAAGAACCGUGAAGAGACAAGAUUAGAUGGAAGCUCUGGACUGAGCACGCCAGAGUCAAGUAGAAGAGGCUUCGCGUCCCCUUGGCCUGCUGCUGACGCCUGUGGCAAAACCAGGCAGCAGCCAGGCCAGGGCAGGAGGAAGUCUUGAUUACCAGCCGCAACUGGCCUCAGAGACUCCCCACGCUGACUUGUUAGGUUUCCAAUCACUGGUCUUGUUGCCCCACCCACUUUUCCCCUGUAUUCAAGGCAAUGUUGCCUCAAAACAAGGACCAGGCGCUGCUACGGAACACAGUGCCGCCAGGGGGUCCCCCUCAGGUCCUCUCACAGUUUGUGAACGCCCCUCUAUCCAACUUAGCAUCUCUCUCUCCCCACCAGUCCCUCCCUGCCUCCCACCUUCCUUUGCCCUCUCCCACACAGGCCUGUUUCCCCUUCUCUCCUCUGCCACAGUCCCACUCUCCCGGGUCUCACUUCUUCUCUUCUGACUCCAAUUCGGACUUUGUUCCUCUCCCAUACUCUUCCUCUCUCCCAAGCUCCCCCACUUUUUUUAACCAAAACUACACUUGCCUUCCCUCUCCACACUCAUCCUCUCCCCCGAACUACCAGCUGUGCCUCUCCCCUCCUCUUACCCACUCCUCCUCCUUUUCCCAGGCACAAAAUUUCCCUUCUGGCUCUUGCCAGUCUCCUGCCCAGCUCCAGGACGUUAACAGCCCCACGAUCCAGGAAGCUAAUAGCUCCACGAUCACUUCCCCCAGCCCCAGCUCACUGCCUCGAGGGAUUCCCAGUAACAAACAAACAUGGCAGUGGCCUCAGUCCACAAACACCAGGUCCCCUGGGGAGGCAGGGGGAUGCGUGGCAAGCAAGGUGGACCCUGCAGAAUUCAAGGACCCAGGGGCCCUCGCCCGAGCCCUAGUCGUCCAUGUGGGGCAUCGCAGAAUUGCACGAGACCUGCAGUUGCUGUUUCUGCAGCGCCUGUGGCUAGGCCCCACCCACCAGGCCCCGGUGGUAGAGUACCCCGUCUGUCUAGUGUGCCUCCAGCCCCGCACCCCAUCUUGCCCCAUUCCCAAGUACAAGACAGGGCCAAGGCUGGUGGCUUUCCCUCAACUGCUAAUGCCUUGUACCCAGGGCCAGGAUUCGGGGCCUCUCCGCAUAGGCAUCGGCUUCGGCCUCCGCUUGCCUCGGGGACAGGCCAAGGCCUUGCAUUUGCUGCCAGAAAAAAGGCAGCAGGAAGCAAGACCUCAGGGAGAGGUCCUCCGGAGUCAAACUCCAGCAACCCAGGCACCAGCAGCUCAAGUCACAGGGACGCUCUCCCAAGCCGGGAGCUUCAGGUCUGCAGGCCUCCAACCACCAAAACCCAACCAGUUUUCCAUGCCUCCACCUCAGGCACCAAGACAGCCCACUGCCUCCCCAAAGCCCAGGCCUUCUCCUGCCCCAAAGAUGUAGGUGUCUCCAGAAUCUAUUCUUCGAAAGUCGCCAUCUUAAUUCCAGAGCAGCGCAGACCUUCUGGAACACCCCCUCCAAACCCCACCCUCCCCAUCAGGUCUUCUCAGACCUUGGGAAGCCACAGAAACACCUUGAAGGGCUGGCUGGCAGGAGGCCAGGUGUGCUCUCCAGCCCUGAACCCUGGGAACCCCUUGUGGAGUCUGCUCUCCCCUGGUUGAAGAGGACCAGAGGCACCCAGGGCCCCAUUCAGCCUUCAGUGUAUCCAAUAAAGCCUAACCCUGAGAA